GCCACCAAGCCCAGUACAUCUUGGAUCGGCAGAACUGAGCCCGAGCCACCAUGACCGAGCGCCGAGUGCCGUUCUCCCUCCUGCGGAGUCCCAGCUGGGAUCCUUUCCGGGACUGGUACCCCGCUCACAGCCGGCUUUUCGAUCAGGCCUUCGGCUUGCCCCGGCUGCCCGAGGAGUGGGCGCAGUGGUUCGGGGCCAGCGGCUGGCCGGGCUACGUUCGCCCGCUGCCCGCCGCCGAGGGCCCCGCGGCCGUGACCGUGGCCGCGCCCGUCUACAGCCGCGCGCUCGGCCGCCAGCUCAGCAGCGGCGUCUCGGAGAUCCGGCAGACGGCUGACCGCUGGCGCGUGUCCCUGGACGUCAACCACUUCGCUCCCGAGGAGCUGACGGUCAAGACCAAGGACGGGGUGGUGGAGAUCACCGGCAAGCAUGAAGAGAGACAGGACGAGCAUGGCUACAUCUCUCGGUGCUUCACCCGCAAAUACACGUUGCCUCCUGGUGUGGACCCCACCCUGGUCUCCUCCUCUCUGUCCCCUGAGGGGACACUCACAGUGGAGGCGCCAAUGCCCAAGCCAGCCACACAAUCAGCAGAGAUCACCAUCCCUGUCACAUUCGAGGCCCGCGCCCAGAUUGGGGGCCCCGAAACUGGGAAGUCAGAACAAUCUGCAGCUCAGUAGAGGUCAUCGCCCUGCUACCUAUCCCAAGUCGCUGUCACUGGCCACUCCCUCUGCUAGUCUGGAUGCUCUUUUGAUACAUGUAUCUUCUGUUUUUCUCAAAUAAAGUUUCAAGCAAUUGCA